GCUGCUUGUUACAAGUAGAUCUAUGAGCAUAUAUGCACCUUAGCUUCUUUAAGAUGCAUAUUAAAAUAGUGUAUCAACUUAAUAUACCUCAAAUCGCCAGUGAAUCGUAAGAAUAGUUGAUUUUUUGGCUGCGGCAAGAAUCUGAUAGUACCGACCUGAGAAAUUUCUUACCGGAUGGUCCGCCGAAAAAAAAAAUGACAAAUCGCACCGUCUUACAUGAACCAAUGGCAGCGCGCUGUUAACUCCAGCAGCGACAGCCAACACAUCACGAAUGCACGCCGAAGAUUAACUCCAGCUCACAUUGCAGUUGGAGUAUUGCAAACUCCAACGAGGUCACAAGAGAUUCGUCACAUUGCCGUUGGAGCAAUACAGACUCCACCGCGUUUAGAAGACUUUCGGAAUGCGGAGGUGGUUUCCACACCAAUACAGGGACGCCACGUUGUUGCCAGCAAAGUCGUAGAACAAGGUACAUCGAUCUUUUCAGAAGAGCCAUUUGUUCAUGAAAUUGAUGGAAAGUGGAUUGGUAAACGAUGUAGUUUUUGUCUCGGUGCAAACACGACUAUCGCCUGCCGACAAUGCUCCUUCCAUCGAUACUGCUCUACAUCCUGCGAGUCAAGCAAUUGGACCAGCGGGCUGCAUUCCAUGAUUUGCAAUUUGUACGGCAUUUUCGACAGCGAUAUGAUGCUUGUUCUCAAAGCAUUCACGAAGAGCUCAUUUGAUCAACGAACAAUGCCUUUUUGUUUCAGCCAGGGAGGGAAAGAAAUACCCUGUCUUGUUUCCAACAUCGAUUAUAUGUCUGAAAGUGACAUCAAGGCUUACACUGUUGGAGCUCAACUUUGCGCUGAUCUGUUUUACUGGCCAAAGGAAAGCGUGCAGUUGCUGGUCAAAAUUAUGGCUCAGAUCAGAUGCAACCGAUUCGCCAUCAAAGCAACAGUAAGCACCAAUACGGCAGGAGGAAUGGUCGAGCAUCAGGAAACAGCCGUGGGUAGUGCUGUUUAUGCCCAAACGUCCAUGUUCAACCACUCCUGUGCGCCAAAUGCAUAUGUGACAUUUGACGGUCCACGAAUUACUGUACGAUGUUCGGAGACGGUUCUUAAAGGGAAGGAGAUCAAUAUAUCAUAUGGGCCAGUAGCCACGCGACAUUCCACCUUAGACCGCCAAAAAGAGCUUACUGAGAAAUACUGCUUUCUGUGCAAUUGCCAUGCUUGUCUUCAAAGCGAACAAGGGAAAGGUGAAGUAUAUCGGUGUCCUUCUGGAAAUGACCACUGUAAAAUAUAUCGAUCAGACACAUUGUGCCCUAGUUGCGGCCGGCCCAUCGACUGGGCUACAAUCGAUUUGACCGAAAAACAGGCGAAGAAGCUACGGGAUACAGCUAGGACAGUUGAUGAUCUGCUCAAGGCACUCGACAUCGAACGACAAUUAUACCCCAAAGACUCUUUACGCCUUGGAUCAACGUAUGAUGAACUGGCAGCAUUCUACGCACACCGCCAGGACUUUAAUACUGCGGCAAAAUACUGUACACUGUCCAAUGCUAUUGUGGUGCAAAACUACGGACAAGUGAGCAUCGAGAGUGCCGACGAGCAGUUCAAAUUGGUGACUCUAUUGUUCAAUGGAUAUCAAAGCGAAGCAGCAUACAAAGCUAUAAAAAAAUGCAUGGAAUUAUUUCGGACGCUAGGACUAGAUCAAGCACGCAAAGACGAUAUGAAGGAAUUGCAGGAGAUGAUGAAUGCUCUAGGUGUACAUUAGCAACCGUGUUUUUAUCUACUCAUAGAUUACCAAUCCAUCAUUUUCACACUGAUUAAAAAAACGAAAAAAGGUUUGGAUGCCAUCAAAGAUAUUUUGAUAUUCUAUAGGUUUACUCGCACAUGGAGAGAACUGUGCUUUAUAACUCUUUACGAUAGAUGUAGGAGGAUGAUUUGAAACAAUUGCUCGAGAUACAAUUAGAAGAAGUAGAAGUGUUGGAUGAAGAGGUUAGCAUAAAGUGGUAAGGAGGAUAUGUACAG